UCUUCCUCAGCUUUUCUUUCCCAUGCGAGGCUUUAAUCUUAUUUUCUGUGUGCUUCUCUGCUUUCUCGAGCUUCAUUAUUUUUUUUCCUACUGAUCGUGGCAUGAAUUUUUUUAGGGUUUCCUUUUGGAGUUUCCGGGAUCUAUUUCUUUCACUGUACAGUCUUGGCAUUUUCGUUUUAGUCCUCAUUUUGGAGUUUGCUCCGUUAUCAGGCAUUCUCAGGCUGGCCUGCUGGGAACAGGACUCCUGAAACGACAAAUAUGUCUGGAAGGCUGUGGUCCAAAGCCAUUUUUGCUGGCUAUAAGCGGGGUCUCCGGAACCAGAGGGAGCACACAGCUCUUCUUAAAAUUGAAGGUGUUUAUGCUCGAGAUGAAACUGAAUUCUAUCUAGGCAAGAGAUGUGCUUAUGUGUACAAAGCAAAGAACAACACAGUGACUCCUGGUGGCAAACCGAAUAAAACUAGAGUAAUCUGGGGAAAAGUAACUCGUGCUCAUGGAAACAGUGGCAUGGUUCGUGCCAAAUUCCGAAGCAACCUUCCUGCUAAAGCGAUUGGCCACAGAAUCCGUGUGAUGCUGUACCCCUCAAGGAUUUAAACUAACUGAAAAGUAAAUAAAGGUGUAGAUUGUUCUCUUGUAUUUUUGUUAAAUAGCUUAAAAUUUUCUUUUUCCUAAAUUCGGUUGCUAUUUAAAUGGUGGCAGUUAUCCAGCAUUUUCAGAGUACAAGGAAGCUAGGGAGUUCUAUGUGAUGGCAAUUACAGAGAUUUAGACACUAGGGUUUUAAUGAGGAUAGGAUAUGAGUAUCUUCAUACAACGCCUUACAUGGUCAGGGAGGGGGGCAGAGUAAGCUUUGAUCAGAGGCAUUGGGAAGGAGUAUCUUGAAGGUGUAAGGUGCUGGAGCAUAGGGUAUUCCAGGAAGGACAGACACAAAUAUUAGCCAGUACAGAUAAAUACCGUGACACUUUUCCAGGCUUCCAUGUUAAAAUGGGCCUAUAACUCUUGCCCAUAACAGUUUAUUUCAACUUUGGUACUGCAUUUAUUACAUACAACUAACUGCCUUCCUCGUUAGAUUGAGAGUCCAUGAAAGAAACUUAAAAUUAUUUUUGAUGGCCUUCUAAAUUACCUUAUGAUGUAUAUAGUUGUUCAAGAUAGAUUGGGAAACUUGUGACUUAAUGGUAGUUGGGAGAACCUGAAGAUUAUAUUGAUGGUAUUUGGCAGCACGGCAGGGAUGAGAUAUCCUUUGGAUCUGUGACUAGAUAAAACAUUCCAGUAUAUAACGCUUGACUGGUAAGGUGUAAGUUAACGAUAUCAAAAUAGCAACACAUGCCUUAGGAAGGUUUUUGGGGGGUGGUGGUUAUUGCCUCGGUGGUGUAGCUUUCCUUGGUUCCAUGUUUCAGUGUAGUAAAGUGGAGGAUUGAGAUAUUUGAGCAUAAGACAAAAGGAAACUAAACGAGGGCUGCAGGAUAUUUUAAAUCUCUGAAUUGUUGAAAUAAAAGUUUGAACCAAA